GACCCUCUGAGAGACUGCCCGUACUGGCUUUCACAGGCUGUAACAUAUAAAAGCUGUUAGCAGCGCCCCUGGCCAGAAGCUUCACAACUAGCAGAGUUUAGAGUCCUUUGGGGCGUUGUAAUAAGAGACACUCCUUCACAAAGGUUCAUAUCAUCACAUAGGAGAGUGCUAUAUAAACUGGGAGAACAAUAGACUCAGUUCUUUUUUUUUUCUUGGUAUUAUCCAGAGAUCUGUUUUCUGCUGCCCUGACUUAAAGCAGAGUACCUCUGUGGCCUAUCUCUCUCCUUUGGCCCCAAAAUGACAGUAAUUGCUGCAAUCAGUUGUACUCUGUUAUUUUCCGUUCUCUGUGAAACAAGUGCAUUAGUGUUACCCAACUCCACUGACCUAUUCCUGUCAGACAAUAAUUUCCCUGACAUUGAGACGGCUUUGGCAGCUCAUCUGGACUCUGCAAAAAUUCCCAAAGCCAGGCGGAAGCGCUACAUUUCUCAGAAUGACAUGAUUGCCAUUCUUGAUUAUCAUAAUCAAGUCAGAGGCAAAGUCUUCCCACCUGCUUCCAACAUGGAAUAUAUGGUCUGGGAUGAAACUCUUGCCAAAUCUGCAGAAGCUUGGGCUGCUACAUGUAUUUGGGACCAUGGACCUUCCUACCUACUGAGAUUCUUGGGCCAGAACCUGUCUGUAAGAACUGGAAGGUAUCGAUCUAUUCUUCAGCUGGUAAAGCCAUGGUACGAUGAGGUGAAGGAUUAUGCUUUCCCUUAUCCUCAAGAUUGCAAUCCCAGGUGCCCCAUGCGAUGUUAUGGACCCAUGUGCACCCAUUACACACAGAUGGUUUGGGCCACUUCCAAUCGUAUAGGCUGCGCAAUCCACACGUGCCACAAUAUGAACGUCUGGGGAUCUGUUUGGCGACGAGCUGUUUACUUGGUAUGCAACUAUGCCCCAAAGGGGAAUUGGAUUGGAGAAGCACCUUAUAAAGUAGGAGUCCCAUGUUCAGCUUGUCCUCCAAGCUAUGGAGGUUCUUGUACCAACAAUCUUUGUUUCCCAGGAGUAACAUCAAACUACUUGUACUGGUUUAAAUAAGUUAAGGUUUACAUUAUUUUGAAGAAAACCACAGAUGAGUAACAAGAAGCUUGUAUAUUGAAUUUUGCACAUAUUUUAUAUAGAGAGAUAUUGUAAUAAUACUCUGAUGUUUUCUUUUUGUAUGCUUUUGUAUAAUUAGCUUUCAAAGUAUAGUAUAAUUUGGUUUUAACACUUUGGGAUUUAAGACUCACAUUGUCCCUUUUAGAUUAGCAUUUUGUUCAAGGAGAGAAAAUCUUCACCUUAGCAAGUGUAGCUUCCUGAACACAUCAAAAUAUAGAAUAUUACUUCACUUUUAAAACUAAUAGCUCCAGAAAGAGAAGGGCCAUUGUUUAAUACUGUGCUUUAAAAUUGGAGUGUGACAUGCAAAGCAACAAAUGGUCCUCACACUCCCAGUGAUUCCUCCCAUUUACACCUGUGCUUCCACCUGCAACGUCAACGGGACACUGAGCAGAGAAAUACAUAUGUGCAAGAGAAACUGCAGGUUAUUACCUACCUCAUGCACAGCGUCAAUUGGUUUAUGGUGUUUCAAGAGUUCAGCACACGGCUGCUGCUAUCGCCAACGAUGUCUGUGUGCAGACAGGAAUAUUAGGGAGAAUGGGGAACCACACUGGCCAAGAUGCAGUGGCUGUUAACUCACAAGCCUAAAAUCUUAUCUAGAUGGAAAGCUACUUCAUUUUAAGUAUACUGGUGUAACAGCUCAGCUUGAAUCUACCUUCUUGUAUUUCUGAACACAGUCAUAAUGCUUAUAAUGGUGCUUUGCAGGAGUAUACUUAUUCUUGCACAGAAAAGCAAAGAAAUAUAUUGCUACAAAGCAACAUGCAUCAAUACAUGACAUCCAUACUGGUUUUUACACUACCAGUUUGCCAGUAUAUGUGUUAUCCCCUGACUGAAACACAGUCAAGAAUCAGGAAAGAUCAGACCUAAAAGUAGGUAAGAAGAUUUGUAAAUAAAAGUCAUCAGGAAAUUUCAAAAGUUCAUAUAAAUUUCUUACCAAACAAAUUUCUAAAGCAAUUGGCAGUGUCCUUUAAAAUAUAUUGUGCUGUUUCCUGAAAAUAUCUGUGUGAAUUAUUAGAAACCGAAUCUACCAAAAACUUUCCUGCCAAAACCUGAACACAUUAUUGGUGCUUACUAGAACAUUUAUAAAGAGGGCCUACACAUUAAGCUAGAAUAUUAUACAGCUACUUUACUAGAAAAAAAGGUUAUAGAAAGGAAGAAGUUGAAUGUCAGCCACAACUACUAUGUCAUUGAAAUAGCCACGAGUUUUGGGUUUGUGUUAGAGGGCAGAAUGUACUCCACUUUAAAUAUACGUUUAGUAGCAUGUAGCGUGUUUACUGCUUGCACUGCUACAUUUAGACCUCUGAAAUUCAUGAACUUUGGAAAGCAAUACUGAGUAGAGCAAGUGGAACAACAGAGGAUAAUUUCACUAGUGCUGCACAUGUAUGUAUCUCUAAGUCACUAAUUCAGUCUUUUGAGGGUAUUUGAAACAGUCUGUCACCAGAGUAGGAAAUAACAUAUUGGUGAUAUGAAAGAAAGAUCAGAGUUUGAAUUCUUCAUGUUAUUCUUUUUCUCGAGCAAGAUAUCUGAGAUGGGGGGAACGGGCUCUAUAGUGUAUAAAACAUAGCAGCCCCUCUCUAUCUGUCCAUAAUCUGAUCCCUCAGAGAACAUCAGAUGCUGAUCUAUGGCUCUUCAGACAUUUCUGGUUAGUGACCCUUCUGCAUUUGACAGGACAAUAACUUGACAGGUAUAUUUCCUUUAAAUGUGUCCAUGUUGUAAAAGAAUAGCACAUCUAAUAUUCUAUUAAUAUUUAUUGUAACAGUUACACUAUAAACAUUUUUCCCUGUGUUUUCAAAGGGGUUUGGACUUGGACAGUGCUCAGUCAGCCAAGUACUUUGGCUGAGUAAAAUCCAGUCCUGUUUUGGGAGUGAAAAACAACCUCUUUGUAUCAUCGAUGUACACACUGAAACAAUUCAGUGAAACAAAACUACUUGGUGGGUCACUAGCCCUCAGCCAGCACAAUUUUUGACAAAAUGCGUGUGACAAAUGCAUUUUUGUUCUGCAUAAGGAAUCUUCUAUAGAGGUAAGAUAGCACAGUUAAAACAGUGCCUCUAGCCAUUUUCAGUAUUUUUAUUCUUUUUUUAAAAAACCCACAAAACAGGAAGCAGAACAUAAGAAAAAGUUCAGGUUAAGCCGUGGAGCCUACAACAGUAGGUCUAACAAUAAGUGACUAUGCACUUUGAAACUUGCAACUUGUAUGUUGUAUGGUACACUUUCCAAACAGGACUAGACAUUGUAAAUUAAUUUAUAAUUCUGUAAUUCAGCUGAAAUUAUUAUCACGGGUAUAUAUGUUAUCGUAUCUGUUACUUUUUGAGUUGCUACAAAUACCUUGAUUUUGUGUAAUAUUUUGUUUUCUGUGGAUAUAGAAAACUUUGCUUUUAACAAACAGGUAUGCAGGUUUUUCACAUCCCAUAAUGGUGCUAGGGAAUAACUAUUGUAAAUCACACUGUAAUUGACAGCAGCAAAAAAUGAUAUGGAUAUAAGCUAUUUCAUACGAGCAGCUCCUGAUAAAACCAGUCACAAGCACUCAAGCAUUAACUUAAUAUUUUUCAUUGAACAGAGAGGAUUACAGCUCAUUAGAUAUUCGAUUAACACAUGAAAUUUCACCUUCAGUUGUCUUUGGCAGCCCUAAUGCAUGCCGAGGAAAACUCUUGAUGAGUUCAAGGCCAUGCUAAGGCAAACUACCCCAGUUGUUAUUCUGAUGGCCCUGAAGUACUAAUUUCUUCUCAGCAGAGGGGUGUGCCUUUAAAGACAGAGAAAUUAGCUCAGACUUCUGUUCUGAAUAUAAAAUUAUAAAAGUAUAUACAAACUAAAAUAAGGCAAAAAAUAUUUUUGGUCAAAAUACUAUGAGAGACAUGAGAGUAAAAAAUGGAGUAAUUGAUAUGAUUAAUUACUGAGUGCAGCUGUUUAUGAUAUCUGCUUGUGACUUUCUGCCUCAUUUAAACAUCUAAGAUGAUGAGUAGCAAUUGAUACCUUUUGGUGCUAACCUCUAUGUUCUGGUGCUGAAGUUACAGAUAUUUUUUUUUUGUGGAAAAUGGGGUUCUCUUCCAAUAUUACCAUAUGCACUCCAGUGUUUGUGAGAUCUUUUUCAGCUAAGUAUAUCAUUUACCACUAGGCCAGAUUUGCUUUCAAAGUUCCUUUUUGUGGUUGUUUCAGUCUCUAAUAAGAGUUUUAUGUGCCUCAGAGAGGUAAAUGUAUUCGAGUUCAAAACCAAAACAAACAACAGUCUUCCCACAUCACAACAGGCAAGUGCCUGUGGAACAAAUUAUUAAGAGAAUAAGACCUCUGACAGUCAUGACCUAUUGAUGCUGAACAAGUUUUAGUGAUUCCAGAUCCUCUCUGUGGAAAAUAAAUGACUUCAGAAAAUCUGGGCUUGACCUUGGACACUAAUCCUUGGGAUCUGUUCUCUGAGAUCAGUUUGUUUCCCUCUGAAUUUUAGAUGAGUUGGAUCAGGUCUCAGCGAAAACCAUAGGAGGUGUAAUGUAACUUUUGAGACCUUUAUGACCAGCAAAAUUAGACUUCACAUGCCAUCCACUAUCAACAUUGGGAAAUACCAUGAGGCUCUGAAAGAGGAAACUUCCCAGGGCAGAAGUGCUGUGUACCUCAGCUGUGAUCUAACAGAAAGAAAUAUAUCUGUAUCUGUAUCCAUGUCUAUGUCUAUAGAUAGAUGGAUAGAUAUGUGGAUAGAUCUGUUAAUAUAAUCUUCCCGAGGACCAGGCUGAAAGCAUGGAUGCCCUCUUGUGGCUGAGAAUUCUUCUAUGUCAGCUUGAUUACAUUGGAAUCCAAGAGGUUUCAGGAUAUUUUAAAAACAAAUGCAAAUUUUAAUUUUUCAGCCUUGAUUUUAAAGACACAUGACUUAGUAUGUCUGUUUCCUUUGAGAAAUGAGGUGCAGUGCAAAAUUCUUCCAUUUCUUAGUUUUAUGUAUUUUGUAAGUAUGGAACUCAAUCACAGUUGUAUUUGCUGUUGGUUUCCCAUUGUAAAAAGUUUUAUGACUAUGAGGUAAAACAGAGGUAUUCAGAUGUCAGAAGAAUUUUUAGAAGCAUUAAAUCAGAUAUAGUUCUUAAAAAACAGGGUGUGGAAAGCCUCAUUACUCAGAUGCUAAAUUCUAACAGUCCCUAAUAAAAUUUUAAAGGUCCAAAUUACUGUUGUGAUCUCCCCAUUUUUGCUAAGUUUUCAAGACAAAACUCUUGGUUUCCUUUUCUAGAAUGGAAUGAUCUUGGAAUCCAAGCACACAGCAUUUUUAUGGUGAAUUUUAAAACUAUGCAAAAUAGAAAACUUGUAUGCUCUGGUUCUCAACUCAUACAUUGGUUUGAUGGUCUCAAAGUGCACAAACCUUGUUUAAAUUCAUAAGAAGAGUGUUGAACUUCUGACAACAGUAGCCUGAUAUAACAACAACCUUCUUAAACUGCUUUCUUUCAAUAGGAAAUAAUUGAAAAAUCAGGGAAAAAAAAGCAGUGACUCAUCUGAUUAAUGCAACAGAUGGGCAACAGCCUAUCUGGUUGAUUCAGGAAAUGAUAAACAAAACUGAUUACUCUUGGUAAUUUUAAUACUUCCUUGCUGCUUAGCCUUCAUUUACUGAGUUUCCCUCAGGAUAGAGUUAUUUUCUGUUAGAGAAGAUUUUUUUGCUCAUAUUACAAAGCAAUACAUUUUUAAAUUGGCACAAGCCAGUGGAACAGAUAGAGACUUUUGAUCGUUAUCUACACUCUGCAGAGCCCCUCCGAGUGUGAUGUGUGAGAAAUCCAGAUUGAAAUGGUUGCAACUGAGUAUUAUCACCUUGUCUUCUGCCAAAAGACAAAAUUCAGAGUGGAAAGUGUUUUUGGCAUAUUAUAAUUUGGUAAUCAGAUUGUAAAUUCUUUAAAAUCCCUCAUACUGACAAAUUCAUAUAAAUUAUGAUCAGAGUUAUUUUGGCCAGCAGGAAAGAGGGGAAAUAUCUCUCAGGUUGCAUGUUUGGCUCACAACAGCAAUUGUCAUUCAAAUCACCGGGCUGCUCAUCAUGCUGCUAACUCACUACAGCUUCAAUAGAUCAUCAUUAAGUCAGGAAGUAUCUUAGAUGUGAUGUUUGAAGUAAUAAAAUUGUUCCUUAAGAGUGAAUGGUAAUAUUGGAAUCUAAUAGCUCUGAGGAGUUAAACAGCUUUGUUUCACGUAGGGUGCUCUUACGUAAUUGAAAUGGUGCUUAAAGGCAAGUUUCAUUUAAGAAGCAGAAGCUUCUGAGGAUUGGCAAAUUAUUAUAUUUCUAUGCUUUUUUAUCUGAACCCAUGUGAAAAAAAGAAAUGUUCAGAGUUUAUAGAAUGACAUGCUCUUUUCCCCCUCUCACUAUGUAUUUUCCCUUUUCUUGUUUGGAUUUUUUGAUAAUUUCGUGGGUGGGGUUAUAUCUGGAUUUUUUUGGAGAAGAAAGCUUGUUGUCUAACACGUGUUUCAGUGACCUUAUCAAUGUAUCAUUUCUUUCAUACUGUCAUAUGAUGCUAUAUACAUUAUAAAUUUGUAUCCCUGUUUCAACUUCUAAUGCUAUGAAAUUAUAAAGAAGUGUACAUCAUUUUGAUCUAUUUUGUAACAUCUAUGCAUUUAAAUAAACAAGUAAAAUUA